AUGAUUCUCACCACCAUCUUCGCCAACUGCAUAGCUUUAGCUGUCUACACACCAUACCCGGCCAGCGAUUCAAAUUACACAAAUUGGGUUCUUGAAAAGAUCGAGUACGUGUUUUUAGUUAUAUUUACGGGCGAGUGCGUCAUGAAGAUCAUUGCGUAUGGGUUUAUCAUGCAUCCUGGCUCCUAUCUCCGAAACGGCUGGAACUUGUUGGAUUUCACGAUUGUUGUCAUCGGAAUGGUCAGCACAGUAUUAUCAAGUAUAUUCAAGGACGCGUUCGAUGUUAAAGCUCUGAGGGCGUUCAGAGUGCUCCGACCGCUUCGACUCGUCUCCGGCGUGCCAAGUCUCCAGAUCGUUUUAAACUCCAUCUUGAAGGCGAUGGUACCGCUUCUCCACAUUGCGCUACUGGUCAUCUUCGUCAUCAUCAUUUACGCCAUCAUCGGAUUGGAGCUGUUCUCCGGCAAAAUGCAUAAAAGCUGCUACAACAAAUAUACAGAUGAGAUUAUGGACACUCCUCAUCCGUGCGACGUUGACAAUGGCUUCAACUGCUCCCAGAUCGGAGAAGAGAUGGAAUGUCGCGAAGGAUGGAUAGGCCCUAACUUUGGCAUCACCAACUUUGAUAAUUUUGGCCUUUCUAUGCUAACUGUCUUCCAAUGCAUCACUCUUGAAGGCUGGACUGAUGUUAUGUAUAAUAUACAAGAUGCGAUGGGCAACAGUUGGGAGUGGAUCUACUUCGUGUCAAUGGUCAUCUUGGGCGCUUUUUUCGUCAUGAACCUCAUUCUCGGUGUGUUGUCUGGAGAGUUUUCCAAAGAAAGAGAGAAGGCAAAAAACAGAGGAGACUUCCAGAAGCUUCGAGAAAAACAACAACUAGAGGAAGAUCUGAAAGGCUACCUCGACUGGAUCACGCAGGCAGAAUAUCUGGAACCUUUAGCUGAUCAACAUGAGCACCAUCCACCUGUUGAUCAGACUAGGGAUUAUGGGAUAGAAUACAUUUCAGGUCAGACGCAGAACGAGCACGACUCGACAGAUCAUCUGGGGAUAGAGACGAACGAACAACAGAAAGUUUCUUUUUGCAAAGCAUGGAAGAAAGAUUUUGAUAAAGUCAACCGUCGAAUGAAGCGCGCCUGCCGAAAAGCUGUUAAGUCCCAGACUUUCUACUGGCUGAUUAUAGUGCUGGUGUUCCUUAAUACUGUAGUACUGGCCAGCGAACAUUAUCAGCAGCCAGAAUGGUUGGAUCUCUUCCAGGAGUACGGCAACGCGUUCUUCGUAGCUUUGUUCACGUUGGAAAUGUUGGUCAAGAUGUACAGCUUAGGUUUACAAGGUUAUUUCGUCUCUCUGUUCAACCGCUUCGACUGUUUCGUUGUCAUCGGGUCCAUCAGUGAGAUGGUGCUCACUAAGACUGAAGUCAUGCCUCCACUAGGCAUCUCCGUGUUACGUUGUGUCAGACUGCUUAGAGUUUUCAAGGUUACCAAAUACUGGCGCUCACUCUCCAACUUAGUAGCAUCACUCUUGAAUUCCAUUCAGUCCAUCGCAUCCCUCCUGUUACUGCUAUUCCUGUUCAUCAUGAUAUUCGCGCUGCUAGGGAUGCAGGUCUUCGGAGGAAAGUUCAACUACGACCCAGUGGAAGAAAAGGAUCGACACAACUUUGAUUGCUUCUGGCAGGCACUGCUGACCGUGUUUCAGAUCCUAACGGGUGAAGAUUGGAACGCAGUAAUGUACGAAGGUAUCAAAGCCUAUGGUGGUGUAGGCACGCUUGGGAUCCUCGCCUGUAUUUAUUUCAUCAUAUUAUUCAUUUGUGGUAACUACAUCCUCCUAAAUGUGUUCUUGGCCAUCGCUGUAGAUAACUUAGCUGACGCAGAGUCAUUGACCAACAUAGAAAAGGAUGAGGCAGCACCUGAAGAAAAGGAAGGAGGGAGUGUGGUAGCGGCUGAAGGGGUUCAUAUAGAUACUGAUGACGAGUACAUCCAUGACGACGACGUGUAUACUUCGGAUAACUCUGAAAGAGAAUACGAAGAGACAGGGUCAGAAGGUGAGCAGCAAGACGACAUGGAAGGUGAAAUCGAGGAAAUUAUUGAUGAAGAGAACGAAGGAAAUGAAAGAACCGAAGAGGAACAGGAGCGGGAAGACCAAGAGAUGAUGGAAGGGCAUCAAAGAAAUCAUAUAGUGAACACAGAGUUGGAAGAAGAGCCUCGUCUGAAACGUAAGCCCACAACCUCGUCGGCGCGGCCGCGUCGCCUCUCCGAGGUCGAUAUAUGCGACACUAAGAAACCCAUACCCGAUGCCACCUCCUUCUUCAUAUUUACUAAAACCAACAGGUACAGGGAUUUCGGCAUGGUCAAUAGCGAUAGCGAGACUAUUGGUAAUCAUAGGAUUAAAUUAACUUUAGUGCUAGACGAUAGUGUAGAAAAUUCUGUCAUUUUCCUUCACAAAGAUGGCGGCCAAUCUGAAGAAGAGGGAACACUGGUAACAGCCAGACCACGGCGAGUGUCAGAACUGAAUAUGCCAAAUCAGACGCCGCCUAUACCCAACGCUAGUAGUUUCUUCAUAUUCUCACCGACGAACAGGUUCCGAGUUUUCUGCUACAAGAUGUCAUCAUCAUCGACCUUUGGGAACAUCAUUCUGGUCUGCAUCAUGCUGUCUUCCGCCAUGUUGGCAGCUGAAGAUCCUUUGGAUGCUGCACAAAAAGGGUUUCGAAAUUGGUUGCUGAGUCAAUUCGAUGUGUUCUUCACUGGUAUCUUCACGCUGGAGUUGUUCCUGAAGCUGAUCACGUACGGGCUGCUUCUCCACGAGGGUGCCUUCCUGCGGUCUGCCUUCAACGUGCUUGAUAUGCUCGUCGUCUGCGUUUCGCUAGUCUCUAUGAGCUUUAAGUCGGGUAGUAUAUCGGUGGUGAAAAUAUUGCGAGUGUUUAGGGUGCUGAGACCCUUAAGGGCCAUUAACAGGGCCAAGGGCCUUAAGGGCAAGUUUUUUAGAUGUAACGAUAUUUCAAAAAUGACAAAGGAGGAAUGUCAAGGAACUUAUUUAGUGUUUGAGAAUCGCAACUAUUUGGUGCGGGAUAGAGAAUGGACGCGAUAUGAUUUUCAUUUUGAUAACGUCAUGAAGGGAAUGCUUACACUGUUCACUGUGUCUACUUUUGAAGGAUGGCCAGGGUUGUUGUACGUCUCUAUAGAUUCGAAUGCCGAAGAUCGAGGUCCCAUAACCAACUUCCGUCCAAUCGUUGCAGCCUAUUAUAUUAUUUACAUUAUUAUUAUUGCAUUCUUUAUGGUUAAUAUAUUCGUCGGUUUUGUCAUAGUGACGUUCCAAAACGAGGGUGAACAGGAAUACAAAAAUUGUGAAUUAGACAAAAACCAGAGAAACUGUAUAGAGUUCGCGCUAAAAGCUAAACCAAUAAGAAGAUACAUCCCAAAGCACAGAAUACAGUACAAAGUAUGGUGGUUUGUGACGUCACAGCCGUUCGAAUACGCCAUCUUCGUGCUCAUCAUGAUAAACACCAUCACCCUUGCCAUGAAGUACCACAACCAGCCCCAUGAAUACAGCAAGGCCCUCGAUCUGUUGAAUAUGCUGUUCACGGCCGUUUUUGCCUUGGAGUUCAUUUUCAAACUUGCUGCUUUUAGAUUUAAGAACUACUUCGGUGACGCCUGGAACACCUUCGACUUCAUCAUCGUCCUUGGUAGCAUCAUUGACAUCGUUGUCUCCCAAGUAAACGAACUCAAGAACCAGGAAAGUUCAAUACCCUCAAUAAACUUCUUCCGCCUUUUCCGUGUCAUGAGAUUGGUGAAGCUUCUGUCAAGGGGUGAGGGUAUCAGGACUCUUCUCUGGACCUUCAUCAAGUCCUUCCAAGCUCUGCCUUACGUCGCCCUGCUGAUUCUCAUGCUGUUCUUCAUUUAUGCUGUCGUUGGGAUGCAGGUAUUUGGAAAAAUAGCAAUAGAUGAUGACUCACCGAUCACUAGGAACAAUCACUUCCAGACAUUCCCGCAAGCACUUCUUGUUUUGUUUCGAUCUGCAACUGGUGAAGCUUGGCAAGACAUUAUGAUGGGAGUCUCCCCGGAGCCAGAAGUGAAGUGUGAUAAGAACUACCACGAGGAGGGAGAUGUGGAGAUAGAGGACAGCGGAGGAACGUGUGGCAGUGUGCUCGCCUUCCCAUACUUUAUUAGUUUUUAUGUUCUUUGUUCAUUUUUGAUCAUCAAUUUGUUUGUGGCUGUCAUUAUGGAUAAUUUUGACUAUUUAACCAGAGACUGGUCAAUAUUGGGACCACACCACUUAGAUGAAUUUAUAAGGUUAUGGAGUGAAUAUGACCCUGACGCCAAGGGUAGAAUUAAACAUUUAGAUGUAGUUACUUUAUUAAGAAAAAUUAGUCCACCUCUAGGGUUCGGAAAGUUAUGUCCGCACCGCGUGGCAUGCAAGCGUCUAGUAUCUAUGAACAUGCCCCUAAAUUCUGACGGCACGGUGCUCUUCAACGCCACGCUAUUUGCCGUCGUUAGGACAUCGCUCAAGAUCAAAACUGAAGGCAAUAUAGACGAUUGCAACACAGAGCUCAGGGCUGUCAUCAAAAAGAUUUGGAAGAGAACAUCUCCUAAAUUAUUAGAUCAAGUUGUUCCACCACCUGGUGACCCUAACGAGAUCACUGUUGGCAAGUUUUACGCAACCUUCCUCAUACAAGAUUACUUCAGAAGGUUCAAAAAGAGAAAGGAGCAGGAAAUGCGGCAGAGUGAUGAACAGACCCACCACCAGAUGACGCUGCAAGCGGGUUUGAGGACUUUGCACGAGGCAGGCCCUGAGCUGAAGAGAGCCAUCUCAGGGAACUUGGAUGAUAUUUCUGCGGAAUGCGAUGUGCCUAUGCAUAGGAGAAAUCACUCCUUAUUUGGAGGGGUCUGGUCGAGUAUUCGAAGACAUGGCCCCAACAGACACUUCCAUAGACAUCGGAAACAUGGCGAGCCUCCCACAGAUGGAGGAGGAGGCGCCGCAGCUGGUGUCGGUAACCAUUUAAGUUCAAUGAUGCAAAGAGAGUAUGGAGUUGGACCACUGCCUCUUACACCUAAUUUAGCAAAUGGACAACCAAAAGAACAAAUACCAUUAAGACCGUUGAUAUUCAACGGAGAGUCGGAGAAAAUUUAUCAAGUGCUAGACAAUCAAAAGUCCAACUACCCGGAGAUGCUCGGGCAGAUCGGGCUGGCCUUCGGCUGCGUCAACUAUCUGUCGACGCCGAGCGAGGGCCUGACCGCGUCGAAACCGACCGCCACGGUUUCAAGGCAAAAAGUUCACCCCGAAGACUCGACGUCUUCACGGGAGAAACUGUCGAUACCGAGGAUGGCGUCGAUGGAGGACAAGACGCCAUCUCCGAAUGCGUUCGAGCAAAUACAGCCGAAGAUAUCGCCGCUGCUGGCAAGCGAAUGUACCCCGACGACUGAAUCGCGGACGAUGACGUUGUAUGGGUACAAUGCAGCCGCGAAGCUGCCGUUCGCGUUCUCGCACGCGAAGGAGCGCGUGAGCCGGGGCGGGGAGCGGCGCAGCCUGCGCGCCAUCAAGCCGGCGCUGUGCGGAGCAGGUCGGAUGGUGCGCAGCGCCUCGUCGGGGGCGGCCUCGCAUGCGCCGCCCGCUCGGCUUGUAGAUCGCCCGCACUCGCCAGGAGGAGAUAGCUUUGGGCGUGGGGUGGUGUCGCUCCCCGGCAGUCCACGAGGAAACAAUUCUUCGGCACCUGUCGUGGUGGGGUCCGCAGAGAGCCUGGUUACAAGAGUUCUAACCGAACAAGGUCUAGGAGACUACUGUGACCCAGAGUUCGUGCGGAACACUUCUCGUGAGAUGCAGGAGGCGUUAGAAAUGACACAGGAGCAGAUGGACAGAGCUGCACACCAGCUGAUGAUCAACGAGAAGAACAUAAAACAAGCUCAGAGCCAACAACCCCAAGUUGGCGACAUCCUUGCCCGUCAGUACCACCCGUUCCACCAGCCGGCGACGAUGCCGCCGCCGGUGUUCAAGCGGUUAUAGCACCCGCCCCCAGCCAGCGCGCGACCGCCGCGACCGGCCCGUGCGGAGCGCGCGACCACACCCGACAGACGCACCAUAGGAAAAAAAGAAAACGCAAACCAGUAUUGGUUUAGUGAAAUUUUAUUGUAUAAAUAUUGUUUCCGUUAUAUAGUUUAAUCUCACUAUGGCCACAAAUAAUUCAGUCAUUGCAACUGACUUAUUUGACGCGCCACGAUAAUUUAUGCUCAAUUUCUUUGUUUGUUUCUCGAUUUUUCUAACAGGUGGAACAAGUUAGAGUACGUGAUGUACUUUUUAAAUUCAAUACUGUGGUGUCACAGUUGCAGUGAGAUUGUAGUUUUUUAGGUAUAGCGUAAUUUCAGGGCCAUACACACUGGACGAAUUAUUUGUACUUGUGCCCACACAAGUUUUGGGUACAUCGUCGAUACUUCGCAAAUGGCCCUUUUAAAUUCUUAAAUUAGAAAAGAUUUAAUUGAGAGAGAAACUCUCCUUAACUAAAAUACAUAGAAAACGUAAUUUACAAUAUAUAAUUUUAUCCUUUUUAGGUACUUAUUCGAAUAAAUUACUUUGCAUAAUGGGAAAUUGUAUUGUGCAAGUUUUGAUAAAUAGUGAAUUGAGAAGUAACUUAAAUUAAAUUUAUUUCAUUUUGUGAUUUUUAUAAAACUUGCAUGAGACAAGCGCUUUUUCCUUGGGAAAAAAAAUAAUAAACCUAUAUUUGAUAACGCGGUCGAUUCUUCCUCUAGUUUAAAAUGUUUGUUAAAGUAACAAAGCUUUCGAAUCUCUUGAACGCUAGAGCUUUUGUGGUGAAUUAUGAAAUUUGGUGUGAUUUUAUUAAAUGAGAUCGCUUUUAUUGUUACGAUUCAGUAUUAAGUGGGGAGCUAAUAACUUGUUUAGCGAUAUUCGAGUUACCUAAAUUGCGUAGAAGUUACGUUAAUUUGUUUCCUAUGUUCUAGCACCAGAUCCAAGACAAUACCGUUUUUGAAGACUUUGAUGUACUGAUUGUAUAACUAGUCCUCGACGUAGGGGAUCCAAUUUUCAGUAGUUUACCCAAAAGUUGAAUUUAUAAAAAUUAAUGGCCCCCAGUAACGUUUUGUGACAGGGACAUGCACAGGUGAGAAACAGUGAUUUUUAUAAGUUCAGCUAUAUUGAAUAGCUAUGACCACUUUUAGACUAGACACUAAUCAAAUUGUAGCGUAAACACUAGGCUCGAUCGACGCCUAAGAUAAAAACUAAAGAUGAGAGUCUGAUUUUCAUCUUUUCAGUAACUUUACAAUGUAAAAGUAAGCACUCUUUUGAAGUUUUAAUACAUUUUAUAGGUGGAUCGAUUUAUAUACGAUAUUUCCACCCAUGUCCUUCUCGGGUUGUUAGUGGAAUUUAUUUUUACCUCCUAAACUCCGACGUAUGAGCUUAGUAUGGGAACAUAGUUUGUCCUUCGCUGCAUUAGUUGAACAAGGUUAAAUCGUUUGGGCAAUAAUUUUCACAGCGGACAUCUUUGCUUUAUCUAAAGCUGCGUGCACUUUUAAUAAUGUCGCGGAGUGUUUUUUUAGAAUAAUUUCAUCCAACUUGGUCACGGUUCUGCUGACUUUAUUGUGAUUUUUCUUGUCACCAAACUAAUAAAUCUGAACUAAAUAUUUAUCUUUUAAAAGUAAUAAAAAUUGUAAUGUCCCAUCAAUCCUUUUAAUAACUUCCAGUCAAGAAUGAUGUGCCACAAUAUAAAGUCGAUAGAACUGAACCCUCUUUUAAUAAUUAUCAUAAAAGACAGUUAAAAAUAAUUGUGUAUUUGCGAAGAGGCAUUUACUAAAAUCGAUUGUCUCGACAUAUUGAUUAGUUAGACAGCGGAGUUAGGUAAACAUUGUCGAUUUAGUUUAUUAUUCUAGUUAAAUUUAACGAUAUUUGCAACAUCUUGAACUAAUUGUAAGUUUACAACAAGAUUGCAAACUACAUCUAAACGUAAUUUAAAAGACGGUUAUAUUUAAAAAGAAACUCUAAUUGUGAUGUCAAAUAAGAGCAAGGUGUUGCAAGUUAAAAAAAUCUUAGCUCUAUAAGAUAUUCCCUAGUAAGUGCCCUUUUAAACUCUAUGAAGCGACGUAGUGUAGAUAUUAUCGUCAGCAACUCCAUGUACCGUCACACUCCACAUUCCUCUAGAAUUAAGGUCAAUCUUACCAACAACUUUGUAUUCAGUUAAAACCUCUUCGCAGAAGAAUUUUUAACUUCUGAAGGCGCGUGUUUGACGAUAGAUA